UCUCGCCGUGUUGUUGGUGUCGCGCUGCAGGGCGUGAAGAGGCAUCAAUCUCAGCCACCAGCGGUUGGAAUAAAUUCAGCUAAAAUCACCACUUCCGUUAAGGACAUCUCUUUUGUUUCACUGUAUUCUGUCCCUGAGAUCUUCUAUCAACAUGGGGAACUGUCUAACUGUUGGGCCAAACGAGGCGUUGGUGGUCUCAGGCGGUUGCUGCGGUUCUGAUAUGAAGACCUACAUCGUGGGAGGCUGGGCGUGGGCCUGGUGGCUUGUUACCAAUUCUCAAAGGUUGAGUCUGGAGAUCAUGACUCUGCAGCCUCGAUGUGAGGAUGUGGAGACAGCAGAGGGAGUAGCCAUCACUGUGACAGGCGUGGCCCAGGUGAAAGUCAUGACAGAACAUGACCUGCUGGCUGUGGCUUGUGAGCAGUUUCUCGGUAAAUCCAUCAUAGAAAUCAAAGCUGUGCUCCUGCAGACGUUGGAAGGACACCUGCGCUCCAUUUUAGGUACCUUGACCGUGGAGCAGAUCUAUCAGGACAGAGACCAGUUUGCCAAACUGGUGCGGGAUGUUGCAGCUCCUGAUGUGGGCAGGAUGGGCAUCGAGAUCCUGAGCUUCACUAUCAAGGAUGUGUACGAUAAGCUGGAUUACUUGAGCUCCUUGGGGAAGACCCAGAUCGCUGCUGUCCAGAGGGAUGCAGACAUCGGUGUUGCCGAAGCAGAGAGGGAUGCUGGGAUACGGGAAACCGAAUGUAAGAAGGAAAUGAUGGAUGUGAAGUUUUUGGCCGACACCAAAAUGGCUGACUCCAAGCGAGAGUUGGAGCUGCAGAAAGCUGCGUUCAACCAAGAAAUCAACACCAAGAAAGCUGAGUCCCAGUUGGCCUAUGAGCUCCAGGCAGCCAAGGAGCAGCAGAAAAUCCGGCUGGAGGAAAUAGAGAUUCAAGUUGUGCAGAGGAAGAAGGAGAUCACCAUCGAGGAGAAGGAAAUCGACCGAACUGACAAAGAACUGAUUGCCACCGUGAGGAGGCCCGUUGAGGCCGAGGCCUACAAAAUGCAGCAGCUGGCUGAGGGGCAGAAGAUGAAGACGGUUCUGAUUGCCCAGGCCGAGGCGGAGAAGAUCAAGAAGAUCGGAGAGGCUGAGGCUUCCUCAAUAGAAGCUGUGGGAAAAGCCGAGGCUGAGAAGAUGAGGCUGAAGGCUGAAGCCUACCAGCAGUAUGGAGAGGCAGCAAAGAUUGCUCUGGUCCUUGAAGCUCUGCCCAAGAUUACUUCAAAGGUGGCGGCGCCGUUAGCCAAAACAAACGAGAUCGUCAUCCUCAGCGGAGAGGGCAGCCGUGUGACGGGUGAAAUGAACCGCCUGCUGGCCGAACUUCCUGUGUCUGUCAACGCUCUCACCGGAGUGGAUCUGUCAAAGAUCCCUUUGCUCCAGAAGAUGACCUCUGCUGAAGCCUGAGAGCCGAGGACUCCACUCGAUCGUUGUAUGCACUCAUAGACUGCCUUUAAUAACACUUGAAGACGUGUUGUUUUCUACGUAUUUUCUGGAUACCUCUGGUGCCUUACUUUAUACAGGACCAGAAAAUCUGCAUGCACUGCUGCUCAUUCAGAAAUGUUGUCUUGAAACCGGGGAAUAUUUUGUUGUUGGUACUUAUUUCUUAUUGUAUGUAUAUUAUUUCAUGAAGACAGCUGAAGCCAGACUGAUGUGAUGGUAGACUGCCUGCUGAAUCUGAUCCAGAUUAUAUGCACCAAACUUUUAAUGUGAUAAAUUUCAUUUGCUAUUGAAUCCCUGGUCUUUUUAUUUAAAGAAGCUGCUGUUGUUACUGUGUACGGUCUGUAUGUUGCAGGGAUUUCUGUUCAAUUAUAUGCCUCUCAUGUGAGACACCUGCGUUCUGUAGAUAAUCAGAUACAGAUAUAUACAUUUAUUUUUUGUUUUGUGUAAAGGUGCUUUUAGUUGUAAAUUUUGUCAGUUUUAUGAACUAAAUGCUUGAAUGGCUUUGGUUGGUUUUUAAACAUAAAGGUGCUUGUAAUCUAAAAACGUUGUUUGGGUUGAGCAUUAAAAGCUGCUGUUUUUUCCCUCUGAAAACUAUUGAUUUUAAACCAUUUUUGCAGAAAAUAAAACGUGUGCAAAUACUGUUAUGUUGUGAUGAGGCUCUUUGACGUUUAGCAGCGGUCUUCAUGCAGGAGGUUUGGCCGUGGUGUCGACUGCAUAACAUUAGUGAUAAAAAGGUCUUUGAGUUGUUUCUGUAGAGGAAAAAUAGAUUUAAAUACAAAGACCAAACAGAACAGGCUUGAUGUAACGUGUAGGUUUAAAUUCAUGCUAGUUUCCUGCAGAUCAAAGCCAUGUUUAACAGGUUCAUUCAUUGUUUUUAGAAAUUGCACUUUGUUUAUUCAUAUCUCAGAUUUUUUUACUGACCUAAAGUAGACUUAAACCUAUCAAUAUUUUCUACGUUUUUAACUUCUGAUCCUGAUGUUUAUGACUGUAACCUUGCUUUGUUGUUUUGAGGUCCGGUUCGGAUCUGCUGUACAGAAUCCUUCCGUUUGUCCCUGAGAACAAAGCACCGUGGAGGUUCGAUCCAGACGUCCUCAGGCAGAUUAAAAUCGAACCCAGUGGUAGUUGGUGUAGAAAACAAGACUGUUAUUGUUGAACUCAUUCCUAUAUGCGCUGUGUUUCAGAGGAGCUCCAAGCCGAUUUGUUCUGCAUGUUGUUCAUCUGUGUGUGCUUACACUUAAUGUCAUUCGAAUAAAUCAAACUGCUGUAAUUA